CCGGAUGUGGGAGGGAUUGACAGCCAACCAGGACCGCUUCUAGUUUAGCUAGUUUACUACGUGCUCUUUAUUUAUUUUAUUUUAUUUAUUGAGUGCUCAACCAAAGGAAGAGAGCGUGUGUACUGUUGCUUUUUUGUUGUUGUUGGUAUGCGAACAAACAUAGAUACCUUUUUCAAAAUCGAAAGAUCAACUGUGCCCAAAGUAGCUAAACGACUGGUGAGGAGUGCGUGAGUGUGAGAGACAGAAGGAGAGAGCGAGAAGGAGUGGUCGUCAUGGCAGCUGAAGCGCAGAGACAGCGGUCUCUGUCUACGUCGGGAGACUCGCUCUACCUGGUCCUGGGGAUCAACAAGAACGCCACACCAGAGGACAUCAAGAAGUCCUACAGGAAACUGGCUCUGAAGUUCCACCCAGACAAGAAUCCAGACAACCCCGAGGCUGCUGAUAAGUUUAAGGAAAUCAAUAACGCCCACGCCAUCCUCAACGACUGUACCAAGAGGAACAUCUAUGAUAAGUACGGAUCCCUGGGACUCUACGUGGCCGAGCAGUUUGGAGAGGAGAAUGUCAACACCUACUUUGUCCUCUCCUCCUGGUGGGCUAAGGGCCUGUUCAUCUUCUGUGGCUUGGCGACUGGCUGCUACUUCUGCUGCUGUCUGUGUUGCUGCUGUAACUGCUGCUGUGGGAAGUGUAAACCGCGGCCGCCCAUGGACCAGGAGCCAGAGUUCUACGUCUCCCCUGAAGACCUGGAGGCACAGAUGCAGCCUGACGAGAGAGACGUCGGUGGUGAUCCCAUCAUGGUGCAGCCGUCCGGAACAGAGUCCACCAGGCUGACGACAGACAGCCACUCCAGCUACCGGACCGACACCGGAUACAACUAACCCACCCCCCUCCCUACACCCCACGCCCUUCAAGACUCGGUCCUGCCCGAGAGAAGGUUUCUUUGGCUGCCACUUCAAAUAUUAGCCUGAUAUUAUCAUCAAAACCCCAUUUCACUCUGACAAACACAAGCAUAAUUCCCACCAUCACCUAUAUCCACCGGCCUCUCCUUCUCCUCCCCAGCCUCUCCGUCUCCUCCCCAGCCUCUCCUUCUCCUCCCCAGCCACCGACCCCUCCGUCUCCUCCCCAGCCCCUCCGUCUCCUCCCCAGCCCCUCCGUCUCCUCCCCAGCCUCUCCUUCUCCUCCUCCCCAGCCCCUCCGUCUCCUCCCCAGCCCCUCCGUCUCCUCCCCAGCCCCUCCGUCUCCUCCCCAGCCCCUCCUUCUCCUCCCCAGCCCCUCCGUCUCCUCCCCAGCCUCUCCGUCUCCUCCCCAGCCUCUCCUUCUCCUCCCCAGCCUCUCCGUCUCCUCCCCAGCCCCUCCGUCUCCUCCUCCGUCUCCUCCCCAGCCCCUCCGUCUCCUCCCCAGCCUCUCCGUCUCCUCCCCAGCCCCUCCGUCUCCUCCCCAGCCCCUCCGUCUCCUCCCCAGCCUCUCCGUCUCCUCCCCAGCCCCUCCGUCUCCUCCUCCGUCUCCUCCCCAGCCCCUCCGUCUCCUCCCCAGCCCCUCCGUCUCCUCCCCAGCCCCUCCGUCUCCUCCCCAGCCUCUCCUUCUCCUCCCCAGCCCCUCCGUCUCCUCCCCAGCCCCUCCGUCUCCUCCCCAGCCUCUCCGUCUCCUCCCCAGCCUCUCCGUCUCCUCCCCAGCCUCUCCGUCUCCUCCCCAGCCCCUCCGUCUCCUCCCCAGCCUCUCCUUCUCCUCCUCCCCAGCCCCUCCGUCUCCUCCCCAGCCCCUCCGUCUCCUCCCCAGCCACCGACCCCUCCGUCUCCUCCCCAGCCUCUCCGUCUCCUCCCCAGCCCCUCCGUCUCCUCCCCAGCCCCUCCGUCUCCUCCUCCGUCUCCUCCCCAGCCUCUCCGUCUCCUCCCCAGCCUCUCCUUCUCCUCCCCAGCCUCUCCUUCUCCUUCUCCUCCUCCCCAGCCUCUCCGUCUCCUCCCCAGCCUCUCCGUCUCCUCCCCAGCCUCUCCUUCUCCUCCUCCCCAGCCUCUCCUUCUCCUCCCCAGCCUCUCUAUCCACCAGAGCGGGGGAGUCUUGUGCCAUCAUGCUCUGAUAGUAUUUCUUGAGCUAGGACUUUAACUGGGUCAUUCUCAGUGGGGUGGGGGAGAGGAGUGUAGGGCGACCUGGACAUGCAUUAAUGGACAUGACGUCGGCUUCCACAUUGUGUGUAUAUAUACUGAACAAAAAUAUAAACGCAACAUGAUUUUUCCGAAUAAGUUCAUAUGAGGAAAUCAGUGAGUUGAAAUAAAUGAAUUCGGCCCUAUUCUAUGGAUUUCACAUGCCUGGGAAUACAGAUAUGACUCUGUUGGUCACAGAUACCUCAGGAGCUUGUCACAGUAUUUCUCUACAUUCAAAUUGGCAUCGAUAAAAUGCAAUUGUGUUCGUUGUCCGUAAACUUAUACCUGCCCAUACCAUAACCCCACCGCCACCAUGGGGCACUCUGUUCACAACGUUGACAUCAGUAAAUCACUCGCCCACAAGACGCCAUACAUGGGGUCUGCACGUUUUAGAGUGGAUUUUGUAUUGUCCCCAGCACAAGGUACACCUAUGUAAUGAUCAUGCUAUUUAAUCAGCUUCUUGAUAUGCCACACCUGUCAGAGGGAUGGAUUAUCUUGGCAAAGGAGAAAUGCUCACUAACAGGGAUGUAAACACAUUUGUGAACAAAAUUUGUGAGAAAUAAGCUUCUUUUUUUUCUUUUUUUUGCACUUGGAAAAUGUCUGGGAUCUUCUGUUUCAGCUCAUGAAACAUGGGACCAACAUUUUACAUGUUGCCUUUUUUAUAUUUUUUGUUAAGUAUAUAUUGUACGAGUUGAGACUGUGUCGAGACCAUAACUAACAAUCGCAUUUCGUUAACACUGGGUCACCUGUCCAUCAGUGGCUCGAUCAACUUCAUUUUUACAUUUUAGAGAAGUGGGCCUGAUAUACUUCCUGGGUUCUGAGCCAUGUUCUACCAUUCAGUUUGGACCAUGAUUUGACCGCUGUAGAUGUUUCGACACGGUGCCCUCCUCGGGCAGCGACAAGAUAUCUGUGUUGCGACUUGCCACGGUUCGUAUGGUCCACAGCUACCAUGUCAACAGGUUAUCUUAUAUGGAAACACACACAAACCCUUCAAAAGAACGUUGAUUAGUUUAUCGUUGUGUACUGUAGACCGUGUGAACCAUUGCCUCUCUAACCAUGUACUGAUAAAAGGCACAUGGUAUUUUGCUUAUGGACUAAACACUUGCACUGCUUACAGAUUUUUGGUUUUCUUUGUUGCGUUUUUCCUAGGAUUUUUGUUCGUAGUUUUCAUAAGACUAGUGAAAUAUGAGAAGCAUGUGACUGGAUAGAAAGGGAGCAGGGGACCACACUAUGAAAGAUGUGUGUGUUUUAAUGAAGGGUAAACACUGAUUACACCAAGACCUAGCUAGACUGUUACCGUGGAUACAGUAAAGCAGGGUUCUGACACUGAUUACACCUAGACUGUUACCGUGGAUACGGUAUAGCAGGGUUCUGACACUGAUUACACCAAGACCUAGCUAGACUGUUACCGUGGAUACGGUAUAGCAGGGUUCUGACACUGAUUACACCUAGACCUACCUAGACUGUUACCGUGGAUACAGUAUAGCAGGGUUCUGACACUGAUUACACCUAGACCUACCUAGACUGUUACCGUGGAUACAGUAAACAGGGUUGUGACACUGAUUACACCUAGACCUAGCUAGACUGUUACCGCGGAUACAGUAUAGCAGGGUUCUGACACUGAUUACACCUAGACCUACCUAGACUGUUACCGUGGAUACAGUAAACAGGGUUCUGACACUGAUUACACCUAGACCUACCUAGACUGUUACCGUGGAUACAGUAUAGCAGGGUUCUGACACUGAUUACACCUAGACCUACCUAGACUGUUACCGCGGAUACAGUAUAGCAGGGUUCUGACACUGAUUACACCUAGACCUACCUAGACUGUUACCGCGGAUACAGUAUAGCAGGGUUCUGACACUGAUUACACCUAGACCUACCUAGACUGUUACCGUGGAUACAG